UUCCCAAUUACUUCCAUGGAGAUUCAACAUUUCUACUACUCCCUAAUCUUGCUAGCUUUCCUUCUCCUUUCCAAACAUCUCCUUUAUAGGAAGAAAACUACUUUUCCACCUAGUGGCCCUCUAUGCUUACCCAUCAUCGGCCAUCUCUACCUUUUCAAGCAACCACUGCAUCAAACCCUAGCCACCAUUUCAGCCCAAUAUGGCCCCAUCUUACUACUCCGAUUCGGCUCUCGCCCGGUCCUCCUCGUCUCUUCGCCGGCGGUGGCAGAAGAAUGCCUUGCAACCAAUGACAUUGUCUUUGCCAAUAGACCCCGCCUCCUCGCCGGAAAACACCUUGGUCACAAUUACACUAGCCUAGUGUGGGCUUCUUAUGGCCCUCACUGGCGCAACCUUAGACGCAUCAUUAGCCUCCAAAUCUUCUCUUCCAAUCGUCUUCAGAUGUUCUCUAGCGUUCGAUCCAAUGAAGUACACAUCUUAAUAAAAAAGCUCAUAGGAGACUCAUGUGAGAGAAUGGAGAUGAAGUCCAAAUUUUUUGAGUUAACCCUUAAUGUCAUGAUGAUGAUGAUUGCAGGAAAAAGGUAUUAUGGAAGUAAAGAGGGGGAAGUGGAGGAAGCAAGGCAGUUUAGGGAGAUUGUGAGAGAUACUUUUGCUUUGUCUGGUGCUUCUAAUAUUGGUGAUUUUUUGCCUAUGUUGAGGUGGGUUGGAUUUAAGGGAUUAGAGAAGAGGUUGAUGAGACUUCAGCAAAAGAGGGAUGGGUUCAUGCAGGAAUUGAUUGAGCAGCAAAGGAUGGAAAGAGUUCACUAUUCUUCUUCUUCUUCUUCAGCUAAUUCUAGAGAGAGAAAGAAGACUUUGAUCAAUGUUCUAUUAUCACUGCAAGAAACUGAACCAGAGUAUUACACUGAUGAGAUCAUCAUAGGCAUCAUACUGGUAUUGCUAGCAGCUGGAACUAGUACUACAGCAGAAACUAUGGAAUGGGCAAUGUCACUUCUACUGAACCAUCCUGAAGUCCUCAAGAAGGCACAAACCGAGAUCGACAUCCACGUGGGACAAAACCGGUUACUCGACGAAUCUGAUCUGGCAAAUCUUCCAUAUCUCCACUGUAUCAUCAAUGAAACACUUAGGAUGUACCCAACAGGACCACUGCUAGAACCUCAUGAAUCAUCAGAAGAGUGUAUUGUUCAAGGUUUUACAAUCCCACGUGGCACGAUGCUAUUGGUGAAUAUGUGGGCCAUACAAAAUGACCCUAAGUUAUGGGUUGAACCCACAAAGUUCAAACCAGAGAGGAUGGAAGGUAUUGAAGGGGAAAGAGUUGGGUUCAAACUCAUGCCUUUUGGUUCAGGGAGGAGAGGUUGUCCUGGUGAGAGUGUGGCCAUGCGUAUGAUUGGGUUGGCAUUGGGCUCAUUGAUUCAAUGCUUUGAAUGGGAGAGAGUUGGAGAAGAGAUGGUAGACAUGGAUGAAGGAACAGGACUCACCUUACCCAAAGCUCAGCCCUUGGAGACUAGGUGUAAACCACGCCCAUCCAUGUUGAACAUCCUUUCUCAACUUUGACUUUUCACGUCCAAAGUCCACAAGAUAGAGGAACUUUGGAUGACUUGGUGUCUUUUGGUUCAACCUUUGUACUCUUUAAUUUCAUCUUUUGUUCUGUGUACCAUUGGUUCUCUAUUGUAAUUUGGCUCUAUGAUCCA